UAUUAUAGGACGGAGGGAGUAAUUAGAAGAUAGUUGUGAUUAAGAAAGAACGGAAUAAAUUAUAAAAUAAGUGGUUGGUGUAGGACCCAGUUAUUAAUACAAGUAGAAGAAACAUGAGUUUUAAUUUUUUUUUUUUUUUUUUUUUGAGGAAUGAGUUUCGAAUAUGUUACAACUCCUGAUACAAAUACGUAAGUGAAUAGUUUAGUACAAAUAUAUUUAUAAUUGGUGCAAAUCACGACACAGAAGAAGCCACCCUUUGAAACUAGACGGCUCAUAGCAUGCUGCGCGUAAGCCAUGCACUACAGUACUCUCACCUCCCACCUCACCUGUUUCAUCUUUCACACCCUAUUUAUACCCCUUCUUUUUUCUCUCUCCAACUUACCCAUAAAAUCAACUUCAAAUAAAAUAUCAUAUAUAACAUUUAUAAUGAAUUCUAAUUUAAUUUUGCCAUUGAAAUAUCCUGCUGCUACUUCUACAACUUCUAUAGUAGAAGAGAAAUUCUGUGCUUACUAUGAGAGUUGGCUUAAGCAACUUGAAGUUCACCUUCAGCAACUUGUUUUAGGCCGCCACCCAAAUUAUGACGUCGUGGUGGCGACCUUAACAACUCACCACAAGGAGUUCUAUACGGCCAAGUGGGCUGCAGCUAGGGAUGAUGUGUUGUCUUUCUUUUCGCCUCAGUGGGCUAGCCCACUCGAGGCGGCUUUCACCUGGGUUACCGGGUGGAAACCUUCUACUGCGUUUCGCCUUGUGGAAUCCCUCCGUACGACUCGGGCACCGCUCACUAGCCUGGCUCAGCUCACUGAUGAGCAGGCUAGCAGUGUUGCGGCGCUCGGGGCGAGGAUUAAACAUGAGGAGCAAAAGGUGGAGAUGGAUUUGGAGAGGCUGCAGAUGGCUAUUUGUGACUUGAAGAUGGUGGGGUUGGCGAAAAUGUCGAGUCGGAAGGAUGUCAACGAGACGAGCCGAGUCGAAGAUAUGGUGGGGGUGGCUAUGAAAGGGUUGAUGGAUGGGAUGGAGAAGGUUAUGAAGAUGGCUGAUUAUGUUAGGCUUAAGACUUUGAAGGGGAUUUUCGAUGUGCUUACUCCAAGGCAAAGGGUUGAUUUUUUGGCUGUUUUUGCUAUGCUUCAAAUUCAAAUUAGGAAAUGGGGCAAACAGAAGGCUGCUAAUGAUACUGCUAUUAAUAAAACUACUAAUGAUACUACUGCUACUGCUAAUAAUAAUGAUUCUACUACUAUUAAUAAUAUCAAAAAUGUUAACCUUAUUGCUCUCGUUUAGCCGUGGGAUUCUUAUAUACACCCUGGUGUAAGGUGCUUUCAACAGUAUUUUUUGCUCAUUUUGAUGAUUAAUAUUCAUUUAAUUAUCGAUUGAGUAAAAAAUUACCUUAGGUGUACUUUGUGUCUGGGUGUAUAUAAGAAUUUGAAGUUGAAUUAAUUAAUUAAGAAUCAGGUUAAUCUAGUUUUAAUGUUCUAGCUAGUACUAAUUUUCCCCUAGUUAAGUAUUGGUCCUUAUAUUUGGAUCAUAAUAAACAAAACAGAAGCUAAGUUUCUCGUUGAAUGUAGUGCUAUCUCCGGUUCUUGUGGUAUUAGUGUUGUUAUAAAAUCUAAAUAAAAUUAAUGUUA